AUGGAGGCCGAGGCUGUCAAUCCUUCGGCCACGGGGAGCGGGCGGGUUAUGUGGCGGGCCACCUCUGGCGAGCUGGUUCGGCCCGGCAGGGCCGUACAACCACGGCAAGCCCAGGAGGGGCCCGGGCGCCAGACGAGGGCCGUGGCGGCGAAGAAGUCGGUGAAGGCCGCGGUGGCGAAGAAGAGAGCGACCGCCUCUUCUUCGUCGAAACACCCUCGGACUCCAUCAGCUUCCCCUCCUCCGGCAGAUGACGACGCAUGGGUCACCUUCGACUUCGGGUCCCUCAGCCCAAGGAGGAAGAGGAAAGCAGUAGAGGAGGAGAAGGUGGAGGAUGAGGAUGCGGAGAUGCUAGCCCAAAGGGUGAAGAGGGCCAAGGCUUCGGCGGGCGGCCGGCACCCGACGGGCGCUGCUGGCGCGCCGCUGGUGGUGUUGAACUUCCCCUCGGUGGACCCAGAGGACGUCGACACCGUCAUCGAGGAUGUCGCCAAGGACGCCGCAGCGGAGGCCGAGAAGAUUGCUGCCGAGGAGGCUGCCAAGGGGCCCGCCGGGGAGUCCGGCAAGGCCGCUGCCGAGGAGAGGUCGAUGCUGCCGCUCCUCGGCGCGCUCGCCGCCGACUCGUGGAUCGGCCGGUACCGGGCCAUCGUGGCCGCCGGCGUCCUCUACCUCGUGAGCUUUGGGAUGCUGACGGUGUCAUCCAUGGUGCCACCACGUCAACCUCAACCUGGGGGAUCCCCUUCCCGCGCGGCGUUCUUCUACGCCACGAUCUACAUGGUGGCGCUGGCGCAGGGCUUCCACAAGCCCAAUGCGCAGGCCCUCGGCGCGGACCAGUUCCCCCGGAGCUCCCCGGACAGCAUCGCGUCCCGCAGCUCUUUCUUCAACUGGCUCCACUUCGCCAUGUGGUGGGGGUUCAUUGUCGCCGUCGUCGGGCUGAGCUACGUGCAGGACAACGUCGGCUGGGAUGCCGUGUUCGGGGCAUCCUGGGCCAUGAUGCUCGCGUCCAUGUCCUUGUUCUUGCUCGGCACGGGCAUGUAUCGUGUCGCCGAGCAGCCACGCGACCGGCGUGCUCUCGCGAGGCUCACGAGAACGUUUGCAGCUACGGCGCGUACAUGGACAGACAUGGUCUUUCGUCGCAGCGCCGCCAUGGACGAUGAAUGUUUGCUGAGGCCAAAAGAGCAGGAAGGCAAGGGGGUCAUGGUGAAGCUGCUUCCGAUAUGGAUGACCAGCGUCGUGUACGCAAUGGUGAUCGUGCAGGUGUCCACUCUGUUCACCAAGCAGGGCAGCACCAUGGACCGGCGCAUCGGCGCGACCACAGGCCUAGUCGUGCCCCCGACGGCGCUGCAGAGCUUCGUGGGCCUGGCCAUCAUCGCGUCCGUCCCGGUCUACGACCGCGCGUUCGUGCCCCUCGCGAGGCGCGUGACCAAGCACCCCUCCGGGAUCACCAUGCUCCAGCGCAUCGGCGCCGGCAUGGCCAUCGCGACCGUCGCCAUGGCCGUCGCGGGGCUCGUGGAGGCCGCGCGCCUCCGCGAGGCCAGGGACGCCAGCCUGGUGGACCGUCCGGGGGUGGCGGUGCCGAUGAGCCUGUGGUGGAUGGUGCCGCAGUACGUGCUGCUGGGCCUCGCCAACGUGUUCACCAUCGUGGGGCUGGAGGAGUUCUUCUACGACCAGGUGCCCGACGCGCUCCGGAGCGUCGGGCUCGCGCUCUGCAUGAGCAUCAUGGGCGUGGGGAGCUAUGCCAGCGGCGUGCUCGUGUCGGCGAUCGACUGGGCGACGAGGCGCACGGGGGAGAGCUGGUUCUCGGACAACCUCAACCGCGCCCACCUCGACUACUUCUACUGGGCUCUGGCCGGGGUCGCUGCUCUGGAGGUGCUCGUUUUCUUCUAUUUUUCCAGGAGAUACGUCUACACUAACAAACGCGACCUUGUAACGUAGAAAUGCAUCUCAUGCUUCACUUCGCGGAACAUUUCUUGAUCUGUACUUCAUUCUAAUAAUACAAAAAUAGUUACCGAUUUGAUUUAGA